AUGAUUAAAGGCGAAAGCGGCAAGAUGCCGCAGCGUUUGAGAGGUGUAUUGUACUCGAUACAUGCUUGUCCGUCUUUGAGUAGAGCAAAAGGCCCCAUGGAAAGAGCAGACAUGGACAAAACGCUCAAAAGUUUCAUUUUCCGGUAUUUGUACUUUGUUUUUUCUGGUCUCGGGACUUUGCUGCCACACUUAUUCCCCACUGCACCGCCCGACAAGUUUCCGAAAAGUAUAGAGGAGGCGCUGAGUAUGGAUUUGGCAGAGCAGAAAAAAAACGAUCCAUUCUACGCAAUAGACGAAAGCUCGUCCACUCUACGACAUCGUCAUGCUGGGCGCAAUUGCGGCCGUAAAUUUCAGCCGGGGGAGCCCAUCUAUCGUUGCAAAGAGUGCAGUUUUGACGAAACGUGCGUGCUGUGCAUACACUGUUUCAAUCCCCAAGACCAUCAGGGCCACCAUGUACAUACAAGCAUUUGCUCUACUCUCAACUCGGGUAUUUGUGACUGUGGGGACUCGGAGGCAUGGAAUACCACGUUGCAUUGUCGGGCUGAACUUGUUGAUAAUGAUGCAGUGGAAAUGGAUGAUUUGGACCGAAAUGAAGGCUUCGAGUCUCUCGAAAUGCAACAGCUGUUUGAGAAUGGUCUUUCAGAGGUUCUUGACUAUUUUUUGGACGUUUUCAAUCAAAACGUUGAACCACUUCCGACUGUGCAGAAGGAGCUCACAAUCGCUCUCAGAGAAAUGGAACAGCAUGAUCAGUACAGGGAAAAAUCGCAGCUACUCAAAGACUUGAAGUACAAAAACGAGUUAACAAUGCUCUAUGAGCGUGAGUUCAACUUUUCCUUGGGUAUAGACUCGGACGAUGAUGACAUUUGUCCAUAUGACGGGGAAUAUGCGGUCAUGGUCUACAACGAUGAAUACCAUAACUAUUCACAAGCGAUCGCGGCUUUGAAACAGGGCGCACCAGAUGAUAAGCAUACUGAUAAACUAACUGCGUGUAUCGAUGGCGAAGGUCGAGCAAUGCUGAAAUGUUCAAGUGACAUGAAAAGUAUCAUGAACGGGUUUUUCGCCAUUCGCACUAAUGGUUUGAGUGCAACGCUUACUGCCUGGAGUGAAUACGUUCAUCAAGAGGCUUGUAAGUACAUAAUUGCGUGGCUAAAUCAUUGCCUAACCAUCCCCAACCCUGAGUUCCAGCGGACAUUUAGAGAGGCGUUAGGUGUUGUACUGUGUUCCGAAUCACGCAACAUCCAUGAGAAGCCAGAUGUCAGCUUGAUCAUAGACAAACAUUUCCCCUCGAAAGUCGAUGCUGAUACAACGUUUAGGUACGCUGACUUUUCAGUACUGGGCCGAAACAAUGUAAUUCCAUUGGGGCACCACAAGGAACUUUCGCCUGAUGAAUCUCAUUACAUUUCUCUGACACUGAACGGAACAACGACCCCGACUAACAAAAGUUACACCAACUCCAGAUUGCAGCAUUUUCUGUUUUUUGAUAACAGAUACUGGAAGAAGCUACGCAAGGACAUCCAAGACGUCAUCAUUCCUACAAUGUCCUCUAGUGUGACGUUUAAACCCUUAUUUUGCUCACAGCUAGUGGAGAUCUUCAAUCAUAUGACAAGGUCGAUAGCGUUCAUGGACCGAGAACCUCAACUAAGUGCAUUGAGAGAAUGUGUGGUGCAACUUUUCACUUGCCCUACUAAUGCGAAAAACAUCUUCGAGAACGGGAACUUUUGUGACAUUAUGUGGUCCAUCAUCGACAUAUUCACUGAAUUUUCGAAGAAGGACGCGGGGCUCUUAGUCUGGCAAAAGGUGCAAAAAACAAAUCCUACAAAGAGCUACAGAUUCUCCUUCAAGCAGGGUUUUUAUGCAAUUGAAACUCUCUUGAGCAAAAUUGACAAUCCUAAUCUCUUUUUGCGGCCCCCAGAGUUUGUUGCGCUUGUUACGUUAUGCAAGUUAUUCAACGGGGCUUGGAAAAUAAAGCGAAAGGAGGGUGAGCACGUCUUAAGAGAAGAUCAAAGUUUCAUUCCGUACGUGGAGUAUACCACCUCUGUCUUCAGCAUGGUCCAGACACUGGAUAGGACUCUAGAUAGCAAGAAGGAUGAAAUCGACCACGAUUUACUGCUCAAUGGCAUUAAGCUCCUCAGCACAUUUCUAGGGCACAGAUCUUUCCACUACAAAGCGGUACAUGGGACGCACGAAAUAAUAAAGUUCAAAGUGAGUAAGCAACGGGUGGCUUUCAUGAACCCAGUGCACACUUUACUUUCAUUUCUGAUGGAGAAAGUACCACUGGAAGAAGGUUUCCAGGCGUUAGCGGACUGCAACGAUUUCCUUGCCAUAUCUGAUAUAUCUUUGAGGUCUAUUGUUUUGUGCUCACAAAUUGACGUUGGAUUUUGGGUGCGCAAUGGUGUAUCUGUUCUUCGUCAGUCAUCGUAUUAUAAGCGGACUCCUGACAUGGCUUCGUAUUUGCGCGAUAUUCACCUGUGCCAGCUCACCUUUUUGGAGGAAAAAGAUGACCUUGUGAGACUGGUGUACAAUGUCUUAGAAAGAUGGGAGUUAUUGAGCUGGCUGGAUGGAGAAGAAGACUACGCGCAUACGGUUUACGAAGACAAAGUGUUUUUCAUCAUUCAGCAAUUCGUUGCAUUUAUUUAUCAGGUCCUUACAGAGAGGCAACCAUUCAGGCAAUUUCACAGUGCUGAAGAGAAGGAGUAUUAUCAGCUCAAAAAUGCGAUCAUUUAUGGUUUGUUCAUGGAACCCUUGUCGUAUUCAGAUUUAUUUGCUGGCAUGCCUGAGUACCUGACAGAGAAGUCGAGCGUGUUUGACAAAGCCUUGGAAGAAGUUUCAAUUUAUGUUGAACCUAGAGGGUUAGAGGACAACGGAGUUUUCAAGCUGAAACCAGAGUUUUACAAGAAAGUUGAUGCAAUGCAGCUGCCCAAUAUGGGGAAUGAUUUUGAACACAGCUCGUCCGUAAUCGCAUCUCACUUGGCUGGACCAGGCGGAGAUACAAAAAAGAUCAUCCUGGAGCCCCAACUGACGCACCCAAAGUAUUUGGACGAAACUGCCAAGAAUCUAGGCGCAUUUACGCGCACAGGGUUGUUUGCGAAAGUAGUCUUCAAUCUUCUUCAAAUGUGCCUCGAUCUAGAUGAGGGAACAUUUUUAUAUGGGCUGCUUCAUUUGAUCCAUGGAAUCUUCAAAGACCAUGAACUGGUGUAUGGGAAAGGCUCUAUUCCAGAUGCUUACCUAUCGAAACCUGUCUGUAAUCUGUUUUUGACAAUCGUUGAUUGUAAAUCAAGUGUGUUUUCGGAGAGCGUGAUAUCCAAGGCAGAUUACUUACUCGAAAUGAUGAUGUGGAAGUGCCCUGAGGUAGUUGUUGACUCCCUAAUCUCCUGUUUCGGCGAAGAGCCUGUAAAGAAAUACAAAGCCAGGAAACUAAACCAAGGCGUAAAUUUUGAAGAAAGUGAAAAGGAUAAGAAGAAAAGGCUCGCAAAAGCACGUCAGCAAAAAAUUUUGUCGAAGUUCUCCAAGCAGCACACCAAAUUUAUGAAAGGGAACGAUCUCGACUUCAAAAACAAUGGGGACGACGUCGACAUGGUAGAUCAGCUCCAGGACUCUUACGAGGAGUACACAUGUGCGUUAUGCCAGGACGUAGCACCUACUGACUCGUUUGUUAUACCAAUAUAUCAUGAAAACUCGCCGGCCUUUAGAGCUGGCAAUAUACAUGAUAUGAGUGAACUUGAAAGCUCAUGGGGAGCCUUCAGUAAUAACGAUGAGCAGCCCACAAUAUACGAUCAGGAGACGUUGAACUGCUACAAGGAAGAUGGCUCAAGAGGAUCGAGGAAAGUGUUUGUUUCUUGCAAUCAUCAUAUCCAUUAUAAAUGCUUCAAACGUUAUGCGCAGAAGAAGCGAUUUUCAACUAAUUCCUUUAUUUGUCCGUUAUGCCAAACUUACUCAAAUUGCGUGAUACCCGUGUACCGGAGAUUACGAAACGAAAAUAGCAUCUCUGUCCAGAGUCUGCUGGAAUCCAACAAUUCCAAGCCAGCAGUAAACCUCCUACACGAAAAUGACCCUAACGAGGAUUUCAGUAGUGUCUUCAACAUGUUCGUUGAAAUCAACAAAAAAAACAUGUAUUACGAUCGUCAUUGGGCUACUAAUCCAAAAUUUGAACGCUCGGACGUAGCACACAUCAUGAUCGUGCAUUGGGCCAACACAAUUUCGAUGCUAGAGAUCUCUACUAGGGUGCAUUCUACCACUAACAGCAGUCUGCUGCAAGGGAAGGAGCAGAAGUUCAGAUCCUUGCGAAAUGUUCUUUCAUCAAUAACCUGGUUGUGCAGUGUCUUAGGUCCUCCUUCGAUGGAUCAUAUUCCAUAUGUCAAUUGCGAAGGCAUAGUAUGGAACCAAAAUCAACUAUUUCAGUACAUUGCUCGCCACGCACUUCUGAGCCCAAUACCUAUCUCUGAAACAAUAAGCAAGGCACUUUCUUUGUUCUCCAGGCAACUAAUAGCCGACUUUGUGAAGGGCCAGUCACCUUCUACUAUUGCCUUAAUGUACGACCGAGGCCAAAAAGAACAAUCAUUAUACCAGUGCACUGAUAAAACAAUGCAUUGUAUGCGCGCUUUAUGCGAUGUCGGAAUAUCAGAUAAAGAAGUGUGUCAGAAACUUUACGAUUUGGCUUACACGACUUUACUGAAAAACCUAUUACCGACGCUGAGAAGAUGUUUGAUUCUAUUGAAAGUCUUCAAUGACACUUUAAGCGCCGCGGACGAUUCGCGUUUAGUGAUCGAUGGAUUAGAUGUGGAAUCAUCCCCGAUGGACUUUGAGAACACUGACGUAUAUGUUGAGACACUUAUUAGAACACUCACUGUAAGUGAUAGCCUUGAGACACUCUUACAGUACCCUUGUGGCACUAAGUCAGACGAUCCUUACUUGAUGAAGAUUCCUUACGAGUAUACCGGCGUUGUAAAACUAGUUGACCUUGCUCCUCAACUCAACACCUACCUCACAAACUCGCAAGUUGUCAAACUGCGGGACGAGCACCCUGCGCACAUGAAAAAUGCUGGCAAUCGGUUAGAUUUUAAGAUUUGUCUGGCCUGCGGAGUCAAGGUUCACGCAAGGAAAGACCAUACAGAGCUAAUCAAGCAUUUGGCUAAUCACUGUUUCAGGCCUUUUGGUCUUUUCCUCCUACCCAAUCUCAGUGAGGUGUGUCUGAUAGUCACCAAUCCAAGAUGUUCCAUUUCCAUUUCUGCUCCCUAUUUGAACUCGCAUGGCGAAGCAGGGCGCAACGCCAUUCAAAGAGGCGAUCUUACUUCUCUAAAUCUUCGCAGAUAUGAGCAUCUCACCAGUGUGUGGCUCAACAACGAAAUUCCGGGCCUUGUGAGCAGAGUGAUGGGUGACGAGUUUCGAGUCUUGAUAAUUUCGAAUGGAGUGGUUUUAAAUUUCAAUCGAAAUGUGCUUCGGCCCCGUCGCGCUAACACUGAAGAUCUCGGUGACGGCAGCAGCAGCGACGAGGCUGAGGAUGACGAAGCAGACGGUGUUGGGGCUCGCUGGGAGAUCCGACCCGAAGAGUUUUUCGAGGAAGCUGGCAUAAGACUGGAGGGAGCUGGACCGACUCCUGGCGGUGACAUACGUGAUUUUUUCCAGCUGAUAAACAACUUGAGGACUGACGCUGGUGCAUUUGAAGAUGGGCCCUUGCUGGAAGACAACGACACCGGGUUGGGAAACGUUUUCGUCCCGCGUUUUGAUUUUAUUCCUAAUUUCAGAAACCUGAACGGAGCUCCCGACGAAACUCCAGAAAACGAAGACGAAGAGAAUGAAGACGAAGAAUAG